AUGUCGCAGCCACAUUACGCCGUUUCAAUCAAGGUCGACAACACGGUGCCCAUCACGUCCGCUGACGCCGCUACUACCACCACGGCCGUCACGCUCGAGCAGUGCCCGCCGCUCCUGGUCAAGAAGCUCUCGGACAAGUCCCGGCUCCCGACGCGCGGCAGCGCCUUCGCCGCGGGCUACGACCUGUACGCCGCGCGCGAGACGGUCGUGCCGGCCCGCGGCAAGGUCUUGGUCGACACCGACAUCAGCAUCGCCGUGCCCGCCGGCACCUACGGCCGCAUCGCCCCCCGGUCCGGCCUGGCGGCCAAGAACUUCAUCGACACGGGCGCGGGCGUUAUCGACGCCGACUACCGCGGCCAGGUCAAGGUGCUGCUCUUCAACCACGCCGACGCCGACUUCAAGGUGGACGAGGGCGAGCGCGUCGCCCAGCUCGUUAUCGAGCGCAUUUACACCCCCGAGGUCGUCGAGGUCCAGGAGCUUGAGGAAAGCGUGCGCGGCGCCGGCGGCUUCGGCAGCACCGGCUGCACCUGAGGCAGGCGAGAGCGGGGAAAGCUCUCGCCUGGCUCCUUGGGGGACUCGGGGCGGCAUGGACUAAGGUUAUGGCAUGGCUUUUGUUGCGACGAUAGAAUCAACUGGGAUGGAGUUUGGGCUAUAAUUUGACAUGGUUAGGGGCAUCUGCUCGCAUUUCCAAGGGGAAAAUGCUGUGGUUAAGGAUUAAAUCACCAAACAGAUCUUGAUGGAGAGUCCUACUGUUACGGGACCAGACCAAGGUAGUACCCGUUACACCAAGGCAAAAGAGGAACGCUGUUGUAGCUGGGGCCACAGCUUAUGCGAGGUCCUUAUAAGUGACCGUACCGUGACACCUACAGAUCGGCCCUCCGGGCAUUAGGAGCUCCUGCC